AUGGGUCUGUUUGGAAGAACGCAGGAAAAAAGUCCAAAAGAUAUGGUCACAGAAUGGACUCAAAAAUUAAGAAAGGAAGGUUAUUCUUUAGACAGACAAGUUCGGGGUAUACAGAGAGAAGAAGAAAAAAUUAAAAGGUCAUUAAAGGAUGCUGCUAAAAAAGGUGACAAAGAUGUAUGUGUAAUUUUAGCUAAAGAAGUCAUAAGAGCGAGAAAAGCGAUUGGAAAAAUCCAAACGACAAAAGCCCACAUAAAUUCUGUUCAGCUUCAAAUGAAAAAUCAAUUAGCCACUCUGAGAGUAGCAGGUUCUCUUUCAAAGUCAACUGAGGUUAUGAAUGCCAUGCAAAAUCUACUUAAACUCUCAGAUGUCUCAGAUACAAUGAGGGAAUUGUCGAGAGAAAUGAUGAAGGCUGGAAUCAUAGAAGAAAUGUUAGAGGAAACAUUCGAAGGUAUGGAAGAUCAAGAUGAAAUGGAAGAAGAAGCACAAGAACAAGUGGAUAAGAUCCUGUGGGAAGUGACGCAGGGAACGUUGGGAAAAGCUCCUGCGGCCGUUACCGAUACUUUACCAUCCGCAGAACCCGCUGCGAGUACGUCGUACGAAGAAAACGAAGAGGAAUUGGACGAUAUGAGAAGUAGAUUGGCAGCACUGAGAAGUUAG